AAGCCGCUGCGCACGUCGCCUCAACAGCUGACCAGUUUGUUUACAUCCCCGGCAAGGCGUGCACGUAGCCUUACGAAACUCUUUAUUUUUGCUUAUAUUUCUUCUCCGUUCAGUGUGGGAAGGAUAAACAGGCCAGGAUGCCGUUCAUGAAAGGCAGAGCACCCAUCAGGAGGACGCUACAGUACCUCCAGUCCUCCAACUUGGUGUUAAAGGACAGAGUUAAGAUUUUCACAGUGAACUACAACGUGUACGGCAACCACCACCGCGGGGCCAAGGACUUUGUGUUCUGGCAUCUGGCGCAGCUACAAUACAACAACCCAGCCGUGCAGGUCGCCACCUUCAAGAACCUCACACCGACACCAUUCAUCCGUGUCUUCUUUGAGAAUGGAGAGGAGGCGCUGGUGGACCUCGACUCACGGCCACGGCAGGAGAUAGUGGAGCACAUCAAGAAGGUGUUUUGCAAGACAGACACCAAGCUAGCCGAGGAGAGGCUGGAACGCGAGAGCAAGGAUAACCCGGCAAACUUUGGGUGGGGGUGCGACCGGCAGUGUAUCUGUGAGGUGCCGGGUCAGGUGCCUUGUCCGGCGGUGGUGCCACUGCCCAGGGUGAUGCGUGGGAAGUACAAGUUUGGUCAGGCGGUUGAGUGAUAGCUGGUGUUGAUGUUUAUUGCUGUUUUCUUGAUUUUGUUGUUAUUUUUUUUAUGGUUUUAUUAGUCAAUGUGAUGAAUGAAUGUUGUGUGUGUGUGUGUGUGUGUGUGUGUGUGUGUGUGUGUGUGCGUGGUUGUGCCUCGGAGCCAAUCAGUAAGUUAGUUUCUUCCUGAGUGUAAAUGCAGUGAAUGGGUGUUGCUGUUGUGCUUGUGUGAUGGCUGUGAGGGUGUGUGUCGGCACUGUGAUGUUGGUGUUGGUCGUGGCUGCCUGGUGCUGCCCUGCAUGGUGCACUGGGCAGCUCACUCACACAGGCACACACGCGCAUUUCUUUCACAGCGUUUGUAAAUAACUAUCGCACACAUACAGACUUAGUAGCUACAAAUUACACAAAAGAAAACAAUUUUACUAAACUAGCUGAAAACGUCUUACUAUCUCAUGACUAAGACCAACCUACAGAUUGCUGUAUAUAUGUAUGAGUACUGUGACUCACCUCUGACUCCUGAGGAAGCUAUUAAGUAAUAAAAGAAUACUUUGUUA